AUGCUUUUGCUCCUCCUGGUUUAUACUGUCACAUGUGAUGGAUCUCAGGAGGUUUUGGAUCGAAAUGCAGGGAGUUUUGGAGACGCCAAGAACUUUGGCUUUGGAAUUUCCAAGAGCACAAUCGAUUUCUUCUGUUGGAGGCCAUCGCUGAGAAGGCCCUGGUGGUUUCCAAAUCGUUUGUGCCCUCCUAAUGCACCUCCUUACUGCUACAAAUCCCCACCACCACCGAUGGAAUUGCCAACACCACCGGUUGAAUCACCACCUCCACCGGUUGAAUUGCCACCACCUCCUCACCAUCACAAAUCUCCACCACCACCUCCUUACCAGUACAAGUCUCCACCACCACCACCACCACCACCAAAAUGUGAGAAAUCUCCACCACCGCCAGCUCCAUACGAAGUCAUUAAGGCCGACUUCCGGAAGACCAAAAAGCGUGGCUGCUCGGUCGAUCAAUGCCUGGCCGGCCAGAUUGCAACGCUUUUGUUGCUCACUCCACCCUGCUCGACGAUGGCAUCAAUCUUGGCAUCGCAAUCUCGCAAAAAGCCUUCGCAAGCACCCGCUUUUUCCACAAGCGCUCUUAAAAACUCGCAAGCAUACGAGCUGCUCGUUGGAGCUCUCACUCCGAGCACCUCUCCUGCGGGAUUUAAUGGCGAGCUCCUGGUAUAA